AUGGCAAAGUAUAAGAAAUGCCGACGAAAACGAAGAGCCAGAACAAAAUUUCUACUGGAAAAAAAAGGAGAUGCUGCAAAUCCCCAGGACCUCAGUUGUCCUUCUCCACAGUCAGCAAGUGAUCCGAAUAUGCCGUCUGUCCCAAGCCACCUGUCCUCACUCUGGUCAUUAGCCUUUCCUGGUGUAAAAAAUGUGGUAAAACCCUUUACAACAACAGCAUCACUUCUGUAUUGUUGGUGCCAGCACACGGUUGCACAGAGUUUUAGGGUGGUUAAAGACACCAUAUUUCCUUCACAAAUCUACCUAAAGGAGCUAAAUACGCUCAAAGAGCAGCUGGAAAAGUUGGAAACUGAAUUUUCCAGACUACAAGGAAUACUCCAGAUUAAUGGAAUGGCAGCUUUGUCUUCAGAGAAUUCUUUUUGUCAAAGGUGUAAUAAGGCAGCUCUGGGUGCUCCUGCACAAAUGCAGAUGGGCCCGCUCUCAUCAGGAUCUGGGCCUUCCACAACACAGCUGCAGCCCGUGUCUGCUCCUCCUCCACCACCACCACCACCACCCCUGCCAAAACUGCCUCCAGCACCUCUCCCCUUCAAACGGGUCAACGGCUCUAAAGCCCUUCUGGGACCAUCACUCAAAAAAGAUGGGCCGAUGCAGAUCACUCUCAAAGAUCUCCUGAACGUUAAACUGAAGAAGACGGACAGUGGAGAACACGUGGAUAAACAGAUGAUGGCAGAAUCGCCAGUGAAGACACGCAGGGCAUUAAUUACCGUCUCAGAUUUACAGGGUCUCAGUCUGAGACCUAAAUCCAAGCCAUCAGUUCGCGUUACAAACCCCUUAUUCACCCCUCCUAAAAAUCUGUUAGAUCUUCGAAAACAUCUGAAGAAAGUCAAUGUACAAAGAAGUCCUGGUGGCACUCCACUAAACAGUAAAGAAAACAUUGAAUGUGGGUCUGGGUUGACACCAAUAAUGACACAGGCACUACGGCGUAAAUUUCAGAUGGCUCAUCCAAAGAGCCCCUCGCCAGCCGGGGUCAGUGCCGCGAGCAGCUUUGAUGAACACAAUAGUGGGUUUAUCUUUGUUACUGUGAACGAUCUCGCCGGUAACGACGGCUGCCAAGCAAAGCCGCAGCUGAGAACUCCAGUAGAAAGGCUGCACCUUUACACAAGCGAUUUAAUUGCCUGUGCGUGGAUGGAGGAAGAAAUCAGCGUGGAUGGAGCGCGGGUCCUCGUGGCGCAGCGCUGCCCCGCUGUGGUCUGA